GUGACAAAGCUUUCCAUAAGACGGACAUAGGCCUUCAGCCAGUAGGCUAGAUUCUAAGCCAUGGCUUUGGAGGUGGUCUUCAGAGGAGCAGCCAAUCAGGAUACUGGGCGACACCAGACCUGGCUAGAGGUCAGAGGUCAGAUCUGAGAGAGGAUGGAGACCAGAGGCCAACGCACAAGGGCAGGAAUUUUGUUCUGGACCCCCGCUCCUCAACGCCCCUCUCCCUUCAGCUCCAUAGGCUCAGAGGUGGACUGGGGGGAAGAGGAAGAGGAGGAUGAGGAAGGUUGGGACAGGAAAGCAGAAGAGGAGGAGGGCUUCCACACCCAGAUGGAUGAGAACGGGAUCAUAGGACUGGACGAGGCCUUGGAGGAUGUGGGUCUGGGAGGAGAAGAGGAGGGAGAGGAGAAUCCACCCCGGUACUCUGGAGCCUUGGAGGGGUCCCUGUCCCCCAGUAGGGCAGGUGGCCCGGGGCUGGUAAACCCUCUGGAGGAGCUGAGUUAUAACCUGAGUGAGCUGCAGGACUCUGAGCCACCUGGAGAGGACAGGCACGCGCUGUCACUCUAUGACGAUCUCCUGGAGGACAAGGACAGUGUGGAGAUCUGGAGUGAGGAAGAGGAGCAGCAGAAGGUUGAAGAGGAGCAGAGCUGCGUGGUCGACAGGCAGCGGAUGGAGCAUCUCCCAGAGAGAGACAGACAGCUGGACAUGACGGAGGACGAGAAGGAGAGCCUUAGUGUCAGAGGAGAAGAGUGGGAGAAGGAGGAGAGAGAGGUCCGUGCCAUAGGCAGUUAUAGGGCCGACCUACAAAUAGAGGAGACUAGUGAACUCUCAGAGAGUGACAACAGAGGGGGGGGACGGUUGGGAGAGAGUGUGUCUGGAAACCUAAUUUUCCCUCCCGACCUGCUCUGUUCAUCCCCCCAGUCUCUCCCCUCCCCUCCCAGGAGUUCUACCUUUCCUCACCUCCUCCACUUCUCCUCUGAGGAGUUGGCCUAUGCUCCAGGGAUUGAAGCUGAGACGUUCCCGGAGGAUCCCACCUUCACAGAGAGCCUUCCGGAAUCCCGCAGCAGCCGGAUGAGCAACGCCCCCAGGCCUCAUUGGGCGCUUGAGUCAGGGGGGGAGGAUCUCAAGCCUAGGACCUCCCCUUACCCAGCAGCUAUCUCUCCUGACUGUGGGAUAUCUUACCAACUCGGUGAGAGAAAAGAAAGGGGUGGAGAGAGCCCACAGGAUGAGGCAGGCGUUAACCAUCGGCAACACCCCUAUCCGAGAAAGAUAAGACAGAGCUUAUCUGACACCCCACAAGCCAUGGUUUGUUCCUCUCAGAAAUCCUGGCAUGUACCCUCACAGUCCCCCCUUCACAGCAGCACCAAGGACUGGAGCCAGCAGACCCUCAGGGAGAGCCCCCCCAAACCCCAACCCAGGAGUCAGGACCCUGACAUGGACGAGGGCCGAAGAGGCCCACUGACCUACCCCACCCCAGACUUCUCCAAGGUAGAGCCCAGGGUCCACUUCCCUAAGAGCGGCUACACCCCCCCCAAGAGCAAAGGCUCCCCCAGAAAGAGGUCUCUGUCAGUGGAGCCCCCCCUGGUGUUCAAGUCCCCUGCUGACAUAGUGAGAGAGGUGCUGCUGAGCAGUACAGACGGACCCCAAUCCCCCUCGCCGCCCAACGGGCCCCACAGGCCCCUAAACUCUAUGGUGCCAGAGGAUUUCAGAUGCCCACAACAGGCCAGCACUCUGGUACAGCAGCUGCAGGAGGACUACAACAGGCUGCUGACCAAGUAUGCUGAGGCAGAGAACACUAUUGAUCGGAUGCGUCUGGAAGCCAAGGUGAGCCUCUACUCCGACCCUCCCAAGCCCAGUCACGCUGUCCAAUCAGGUGUACUCCAUGAAGGGUCAAAGGUCAUGACCCUAACUUUUCCCCACGCUCAGAGGGCGGAGCUCAGCUCAGGCUCUGUUUACCUAAAUGGACAGGCUGCCCACCAAGGACAUAGUGGAGUCUCCUCUGUCUGUCCCUCCUCAGCGGCCUCCUCAUCCCCCAGAAGCCUGGGCCCUGGAGUUGGAGAGCAGCUGACCAGGGCUCUCUCAAAGCAGGCUGAGAGGUUCCUCCAGCAGGUGCAAACAUUUGAAGAGCUCCUGAGGAGAGGGAAACUUAAACCGUUUGAGCAGAUGAAGGGUUUGUCCCAGCUGCUGCAGGGGCAGGAUUCUCUGGAAAGAGGUUAUCUAGCAGCACGAGACGAACACAGACUUCUACUGCAGAGAGGGGCCGAGCUGGGCCCCUUUGACCCCGGCAGGGAGUUGGAGGGCCGUAUAUUCCAGUGUGGGAUGCGUGUGGAGGAGCUCAAGGAACAGGUGGAGCAGACUGAACAGGAUCGGCCCACCUCAGAAGCUCCUCCCACUCCACCUCCUCACCCCACCCCCUACUCCAUGUCUGCAGGGGGCAGCGAGCCCAUGCCACUCCCUGAGAGCCCAGUGUUACCUCUGCCAGGGGAGUCUGGGGUGGGGGUGGAGGUGGAGGUUAGCUCGGCCAGCGGAGAGAGCGAGGGAGAGGAGGGAGGGAUGCCAUCCCUGCUCCUCCAUCCCUUACGUCACAAACACAAAUGCGUAGAAAGAGACUUCAGCAUGCUGAUGGACCACUACCAGAGUUUCAGGGAGCUGCCCAGACUGCUAGACCUGGAUCUGACAGAGGGAGACCAUGACUCUUCUGAUGCAGGAGAAGAAGCCACACAUUCAGGUAGUGAGGGGACAAGAGAGGGACCACACCCAAGGACAGGGAGGGAGAAGGGCCACACAAGUCUCGCUCAGAGACGGCCAAUGCAAGGUCAGCAGGACGCUACAUUCUUUCCAACGGCGAGACCAAGGACCAGCAAAUCAGUUCCUCCUUCCCCAAAGGACCUCAGCCAGUCCACUGCAUUUCCUGAUCUGCUGGCCAAUGACAGCAAGAGGUCAGAGGUCAGGAAGUCUCAUGGCAGCAGUCUGACCAGUCUGGAGGACAGUGCUGCCUCAGAGAGGCGAGGCUCCAAACUGCAGCCUGGGACCAGGAGAGUGCCGUCCCAGGAUGGGAUCAUCUCACCAGAGACUGACAGUGGUUUUGUUGGCUCUGAAAGCAGUCGUCUGACUCCUGCAGCACCUAGUCCUCUCCACCAGAGGGCCAUAGCGAGCCUGUCAGUCCCUGAGGAGCAGAGCUCAGGGAAGCCUCACCACACAGCCCCCGUGUCAGGGCAGCCUCUCCCCUCUCCCUGCACCCCCUCACACAGACCACAGAGGCCAACCUUGCUGGAGCACAGUGGAGGCUCUCGUCUGAGCACCCCAAGGCAGGUACGGGGGUCUUCAGGGAGAACCAGAGGGGAGGAAAGGAGGGGCACCUCCGCCUCCAGUUCCCCCCAGCACAGGGCCAGCAGGACCCCCCAGCCCUGGGCUGGCAGUGGGACCAGUGAGUUUGGACCAGACAGUGACCACAUCCACUCUGCGUCAGGGGAGGAUGAGGGACGUAGUGACCGUUCCACCCGAACGACCCAGCAUCGCUACCAGCCAAGCCCCUCCCCCACUGCACCCUAUCACCAUGGCGAUCCCCUCCGAGCCCUGAGCUCUGGUCAGCUGACCAACCGCAAUGAGGCCAUCCAGUCCCUGCAGGCGGAGGUGGGCAGACUAAAGGAGCGACUAGAGGGCAGUCUGAGACAGACCAACCCUCCCAGUCCUGUUAGAGCUCCCCCCUCAGCCCAGGAUGGCCACACACACCCUCUCAGCUCAACACCUCGUACCAGGUCUGCUCAGCGAAGGAGGGAUGGUGGUAGAGAGGAGAGCAGGGAGGAGAGGAGGUUGGGUGAGGAGCAGCAGGUGGAGGAGAGGUCUCCCAGGUUGAAUGCUAGAAGAUCAGCCUCUGUACCCAGACAGAGACCUGAACUGGACAUCACGACAGAGUCGGAGCAUUUCCAGUCCACACCCAGACUUCGGUUCUCCAGGCGUAUCCCAGUGUCCCCUGCAACGUGGGGAGGCAGCCGUGGCAGAGCAGAGACCGUCAGGAACAGCGGAGCCCACACAAGGCAGCAUGUCAGUAUGUCUGUAGGUGGAGAUGGUGGUGAUAAACCUGACUGUAGAGGGAGGCAGGCCCCUGUGUGUCCACAAUGUUCCCCACAGACACACAGCCAUGGACACUCUACACAUGGGGGUGGUGGUGACACUGAGCCUAUCCACAGUCAUACUGGUCUUCAUUCUCGUCACUGUCCUACGUGUGGAAGGUCUCAGACGUACCGGAGCACGAAACACGACCGACGGACAGAGAGCGACUCAGGUCCCGCCCACAGAGGCAGCUGGCCAAUGAGCUCCCCCCAUGGAGAUGUGAGAGGCGUGUUCUUUGCAGCGCCGCCCCCUCCUGUGCUGGGCAGUGUGCCACUGGUCCAGUGUGUGCCAGUGUGCCCGCCAGUUCUGUACUACUCCAGCCCUGUGAUGAAUGUAGCUCCAUCCCACCCCCAGCCCAUCUACGUGUCUCUGGGUGGGGGUGUGGCCACUGGGGUUAGGGGUCAUCAUGAGCAGGUCAGAGGUGGAGCCGGCCGUUCCCUGUCUGCUGACCAGCGCUCUCUGAGCAGCUCUCUGAACCAUGCUAUCGAGGCGGCCAGGGGGAUGAGGGAGGCCUCCCGACGCAUGGCCCGCACCAUCGCCACCGGACUGCACCACCAGGAGGCGCUGUCACAGUCCUGCAUGUACUGAUGGACCAGACCAGACACACACACCGGGGUUGUAUUCAUUAGUGUACACCGUAGCAAAAUGUUUUGCAACUUAAAAGGAGAACAAGCGUUUCUUAUUGGAGAAGUUCAGGUACUCGUACUCCCUACCCGUUUCGGUUUGGUGUCUAGUGAAUUUGACCCUGGCAAGUCUUUGGACCAGCCACUCUGUACUGACAUGGACAUCUCUAAAUGUGAAGUUAUUGUACUGUGCACUAUAUCUUUAGUAUAACAGUUUGGUAUUUGGGGUAACAUGAAGCAAGUGCCUGGGUACAGAUACUAGGGCCUCAAGCCAGUCCUUAAGCUGCAGGUUUCUUGGUUGCAGGGAGUGAGGAACUACAGACCCUUGACAUCAGUAUUUGAUCAUCACCCAGUGGCUCAGCACUGAUAGGAAAGUAGGGUCUACAAACUGUACUUUUUACAGGUUACUACAGGUUACUUUAUACAGUACAGGUUAUAGCUUUAGAUGAAAGGUGGAGUGGCUAUGUUGCAAUCUCAGGUAUCAUAUAGAACAACCGUUGUGGGAUCUGGCAGCUUAAGUGGACAACAGCAGCAGUUCAUCUCUUACUCAUAAAAAUGCACUAGAAUCUGCAUAUUAAUGAUUUACGUUUCGAAAUAACGGACAUCUGCACAUGUUUAGUUUGCUAUGAAACCUGGAAUUAGUUUUGGACAUUUGUUUUGUUACAUUUGUACAAUGGAUGUGAGACAAAGAAAUUAAAUUGCUGCUAUGGAUCUUCAGAUGAGAUGAAACAUUCACACAUUUUACCCUAAUUUAUUGAUUCUAAAUCAGGGUUCUCCAGCUGGCGGCCUGCAGGUGGUUUCAUUUGAAAUUAUGUUUUAGUCAAACAUAUCCGUUUCAGUUUGCAGUCUACAAAUGAUUUGGAAUUAUGUUCCGGCCCCCUGACCGUUCGCUCAACAAAAAAGAAAUCGUCCCACGGCUGAAUCAAGUUGAUGAUCCCUGUUCUAAAUGGUUUGUUUCAAUUUUAUUCUUCAUCAUUUGUGUAAUAAUGAGUUAAUAAUGUUAGUAAUUGGUCGUGCUGGUCGUAUUUUUAUAGAUGUCUUAAGAGUUUGUGUUGAACACAAAAAUAAGACUUUAGAAAUACACAUUUCUAGGAUUUCGGAAAUGCAGAUUUAAAAAAACAAAAACAGAUCCUGACGUCUUUUGUACUAUGAUUUAUUAUCAAAUGAUUUUUUUAAACUAAUAUUUUGUAGCAAAAUAUUUUUAUUUUUGCUUUGAAGCCAAAUAAAUGUUG